UUUAAUAAUCGAUCGUCGUAUGGAACAAGAAGACGCUGUACUUUGUUUUAUUUCACAUCUCCGUGUUUGAAACUUGGUUGAAGAUGAUUUGAAAGUACUUGUAUGUUUAGUACAGAAAGGUUUGAUGAAUGGUUAAAUUCGAUGAUGAAUAAGUUGGCUGGAUGAGCCGCCUGAGGCGAAACGGAACGGACAACAAAGUUUCAUCGUAAUCAUACCGCAUAUGCUGGUAUGAAAUGGCUCGCUUGCGCGCUCGGCGUUGCAGCAUCAUUUUCUGUGUUCUUGUACUAAUUUAUUCAAGUUUAUUAUUCGUUCGGCUUUUUCUUGUCGAAACUAAACCGAAGUCUGUUGCGAGCGUCUCUGAGUUAAAGACAACAGCAAGGCCCGACGGGCCUAAAAUUGACAACAGUACGGAAGGAACUCCUUGUCCAGUCAACUCGCCAUUUCUUCAUGGAAGACGCUUAUUGGACAUCAACGAUACAUCUUUUCCAUUUAAUUUAUCCGUUCAAUAUGGCGGGGAAGUUGAAAUUGGUGGCUCUUGGCGUCCAAAGGAUUGUGUAGGGAAAAAGGUUGCUUUUUUGAUUCCGUUUCGAAAUAGGAAUAAGCAGUUGAAUGUUUUCUUGCGAACAAUGCAUCCAGUAUUUCAGAGGCAGAUGAUCGAUUAUAGGAUUUUUGUGGUUGAACAGGCUGGAAAAGAAAAGUUCAACAAAGGUGCUAUUUACAAUAUUGGGUUCAAUGCAAGUUUGAUGUUUGAUGAUUAUGACUGCCAUGUUUUCCACGAUGUUGAUCUUCUAAGUGAGGAUGACCGAAAUUAUUAUGGCUGUCCUGCUUCACCGAUGCAUAUGUCCCUUGGCAUUGACAAAUUCAAUUACAAGCUAUCAUAUCCAAGCCUCAUUGGAGGGAUCCAGCUAUUUACGAAAGAGCACUAUCAACAUAUAAAUGGCUAUUCAAACAAAUUUUGGGGAUGGGGCGGUGAAGACGAUAAUCUGUUCACAAGAAUAAAAGCUAAAGGUAUCAAAUUGAUUCGACCGUCAAUCGAUGUUGCAAGGUAUAAAAUGAACCAACAACAUCAUUUCCGAAGUGACCCAUGGAGCCAGGCCAACCAGGUCUUGUUGUUCAAGAGACGGCCAAGACAGGAAACAGACGGUUUAAAUAGUAUAAACACACUAUCAUUUACUUCAGAAGUCCGGCAAUCGCUGCUAUACACUUUAAUCAGUAUAAACUUGAAAAAAACGUAACAACCGACUCUCACGACUCGAAGAAUUAUUGUGCAGCAAAAGCUUCUCAAAAAAGGAUAAAAGAACCGAAGAUGUGUGAAAUGUUAAAGAUUCACUCUAAUACUUUAUGGGAUAAUCUUGUAAGUUAUAAUUUGAUAUAAAUUUCAAUGAAGUCCAACUUAUGUAUCUAUAUGUAGGGAUUGCGGAAGAAAAUAAUUUUCACAUUUGUACUUUAAACUGUAAAAAUAUAAUCUUGUUUUUAACUGUUUCACUACUAGGCUAAACUUUUUUGCCCCCCCCCCCCCCCCCCCAGAAAAAAAAUUCUUUAGCCCCAAAGCCCGUACUAUGCGUUGCAGUCCCUGUUUAUAUGCAUAUUUGGUAAUAAACCCUUGUUACUCAAAGCAAAAUAAUGCUAGAGAUCCUGUUUUCAAGGCUAAGAGCCAAAAAUUAAUAAAUUUACCCCUUGGUAUGCUAGGAUUCAAAAUGUCUUCUUGAGAAAAGGAAAUUACCUCACUUCUUAAGCCUUAUAAAUAAUUAAGUAAUUAAAGGGCAUGUGUCGCGUUAGAAGUUGGCUUGUAAACAAAAACGUUGGGAUUGGAAUUCCAUUGUUUCGUGACUUUCCAUUUCAUGAACUUUACUGUCGUGAGAAUUCAACCUUGAUCUCGUGCUUUGUACUCAACAAAAAGAUAAUGGUAUUACGUUAGCCAAUCAUGUUCACGACACAUGGCUUUGAGAUUGGGUUAGAUUGUCAGCAAGUGAAGUGCUGUUAUCAAUAAGGGCCCUGCUAAAAACCUAAAUAUCUUAGAAAAUUAGAAUAACCUUUUACAAUGGUUGUAAAAGUACAGUAAUAAUCUGUAAAAUAUUCCUCUAGUUUUUCAUUAAAAUGUAUUCUUUUAAUUUUCAUUUAAAAAUUAAAGUGAAUUCCAGUCCA